AUGUCUUACAACGACGACAAUCAACGUGGAGGUGGCGGCUACGGCGGUGACGACAGCUAUGGAUCGAGCGGCCGUCAAGGAGGUGGCUACGGCGGCGACGGCGGCGACGAUAGUUACGGCUCCUCUGGCCGAACCGGAGGUGGCUUGGGCUCCGACGAUACAUACGGCAGCAGUGGCCAGACCGGCGGCAAUACUUCAGGUCGUGAUGAAUAUGGCUUGGGCUCCGGCCGUGGCGGAGACUCGUCCUUUGGAGGUGGUGGCUCAGGAGGAGGCUAUGGCGGCAGCGGUGGCGGCGACGACUCGUACGGCUCUUCUGGUCGUACCGGCGGUGGUCUAGGCUCAGACGAUACAUACGGUAGCUCUGGCGCGACUGGAGGUGCAUCAUCCGGCAGUGACCAGUACGGUGUAGGUUCUGGUCGUGGCGGCAACGACUCGUACGGUUCUUCUGACACCAGUGGCGGAUACGGUGGAGGGAAUGAUUCGUAUGGAUCGUCUGGUCGAACUGGCGGUGGUCUAGGUCGAGACGACACAUAUGGAAGCUCUGGCGCGACCACCGGCGGUCAACAGUCCGGUGGGUAUGGCGGUGACUCUGGCUCCGGGUCGUAUGGAAAUGACGACGACUACAACGACAGCGGAAGGCAGGGUGGUGGCAAGCAGGACAGCACCGCAGGAAAACUCCUGGAGAAGGCCGGCAAUCUGUUUGGCAGUGACAAGUUGAGAGAGAGAGGUGCCGAGAAGAGAGGCGACGCAGGAGGAUACGGUGGCAACGAUAACGACAAUAACAACAACGACUACUAA